AUGGACGACUCCGAACGCCGAACCGUAAAGCGUUCGCGCUUCGACCAGACCGAACCCGAACCCAAGCGAGCCUCGCGCUUCGAUCGACGCUCCCGCUCUCCGCCAGCCCGGCGCUCUGAACACGGCAGAGACCGCAGCCCUCUCGCUCAGGAUGGCGCCCCUGAGCCCAAGAAGUCCCCAGCCGACGCUGCUGCUGCGGCGGCCGCUGCUGCAGCCAAAAUCAAUGCGCAACUCCAGGCCCGCAAGGGAAUCCAACACGUCGAUGUUCCCCCGAUCAGAAACGCGAGCCCGCCGCCCACCAGACCUGCGCCGUCGUCCAAUAACUCGUCCCACCCACCCCCGGUGCUCGACGGCGAAAUGUAUGUUGCGGAUGGCGACUACAUCCAGGACAUCGAGGUCAAUGACCUGCGGAACCGCUACCUGUUGACCAAGGGGUCGACCCAGAAAAUGAUUAAAGAAGACACCGGUGCUGAUGUCACGACUCGUGGCAAUUACUAUCCCAACAAGAGCAUGGCAACGGCAGCUAACCCUCCGCUGUACUUGCAUGUGACAAGCACCUCCAAGCAAGGUCUUGAGACUGCCGUCGCCAAGAUUCAGGAACUGAUUCAACAGGAACUCCCCCAGCUGGUGGACGAGCGACGAUUCCGACGCCGAGAUCAAGAACAAGUCGAGCGAGACGAGUUUGGACGACGCAAAUGGCCCGAGGAGAAGAUCCCCAUCACCCUGGAGCCCGUCCAUGGAUUCAACCUGCGCGCCCAGGUUGUGGGACACGGUGGUGCCUAUGUCAAGCACAUUCAGCAGGAGACGGGCUGCCGCGUGCAGAUCAAGGGCCGCGGAUCCGGCUACCUCGAAGCAGCGACGAACCGGGAAAGUGAUGAGGAUAUGUUCCUCCACGUCACUGGUCCUGAUGCCAACAUGGUCGAGAAGGCCAAGGAGCUCUGCGAAGACUUGAUUGCGAACGUCACGGAGCAGUACGAGGAGUUCAAGAGCCGUCCGCCUCGCUACGGUGGCGACCGCGGUGGCUAUGGCGACCGAGGUAGCUAUGGCGGCGAUCGUGGCGGCGGCUACGGUGGUGAUCGCGGUGGUUACGGAGAUCGCGACCGCGACCGUGGCAACUCGCACUCUCACGGAGGCCAUGGCGGCUCGUACGGUGGUGGCGGCUAUGGUGGUUACGGCUCGGGAUCGGGUGCAACUAACAGCCCAGCGCCCGGCGUCAACAGCCCCAGUACUGCCACGGCAGACUAUGCCGCCCAGUAUGCCCAGUAUACUCAAGCCUACGGCGGUGCGGAUCCAUAUGCUGCCUAUGGUGGCUACGCCAACUACGUCGCCAUGUACCAGCAGUACUAUGGAGCUCAGGCCCAGGCCCAGGCUCAACCUGCAGCCCCUGGUCAAUCGGGCUCACCGCCUCCUCCUCCCCCGAGUGAAGCAGCUCCUCCACCUCCGCCGCCGCCCAGUGCGGCCCCCCCGCCUCCUCCACCCUCGGGCUCGCCCCCUACCGGUGCCAGCUACGGCGCGGUACAAUCACGACAUGGGAAGAUGAGCCACCAACGCUAUCCCUCCCACGAUCCUGUCAAGGAGCCACAUUCCGUCUCCCUCAAGGUCCUCCGACUCUCACGCCCAUCGCUCGUUACCCAAUAUCCGAUCGAUCCUCCCCAGUCCGUCGGCGCGACGAUUAAACCAAGCCCUGCGCCAGCAUCGCUCGCCUAUCACUCCAAGGCCGACACCAACCCGUCACCAUUCCUCCUCAGCCCCAUCGUCAACCUUCCCGUGUCGUUCGGGUCCGCAUAUGUGGGCGAGACGUUUAGCUGCACCCUAUGCGCAAACAAUGACCUCCCUCCGGAGGCAACCAAGAAUAUCCGUGAUGUGCGCAUUGAAGCCGAGAUGAAGACGCCUGGGCUGGGCGCCGUCCAACGCCUGGAACUCGGCCCACCAGGGGCUGGUGGAGCAUCCGAUGCGGACCUAGACUCAGGUGGCACCCUGCAGAAGGUGGUGGCAUUUGAUCUUAAGGAGGAGGGAAACCACGUCCUGGCCGUGACAGUGAGCUACUACGAGGCUACGGAGACGAGCGGCCGGACGAGGACAUUCCGCAAGCUGUACCAGUUUAUAUGCAAGGCAUCCCUCAUCGUGCGGACCAAAGUGGGGGCCAUCAAGACCGACACGCAAGGAAAACGGCGGUGGGUUCUUGAGGCCCAACUGGAAAACUGCAGCGAGGACGUGGUGCAGCUCGAGAAGGUGGUGCUGGACGUAGAGGACGGUCUCAACUACCGAGACUGUAAUUGGGAGGCGAGCGGAAGUGCGAAGCCCGUCCUACACCCAGGGGAGGUAGAACAGGUGUGCUUCGUCCUAGAGGACAAAGCCGACGAGCCGACCGUGGAAGUGACACUAGAUGGCCGGAUCAUCUUUGGGUCACUGGGGAUUGGAUGGAGGGGGGACAUGGGGAAUAGGGGCUUUCUGUCAACUGGCAAGCUGGGGACGAGGGUGCCGCGCUGA